AAAUUAACACACGUGAAGUAUGGUGUUUUUAUACAUAGUUUUAUAUAAAUACAUAUACACACUUGUCAUGCUUCAUCAUAAUAUAUACAAGUGACAACUUUUAAUCAAUACCGGUGUAGUUGACAUUUUAUUUCUGAUAUUAUUAUUGUGAUAGAGAUGUAGAUUUAAAACGACAUGUAAGAUGAAGAAAUUUAGAUUAAAAUAGACUGGAAUUAUCAAAACCUAUCAACAUGUCUACUGCUGAUGAUAUAAGCAUUGCCGUCUCGUCACAAAAAGAACUGACCAUUAAUGACAAAACAGACGGGAAAAUAACUGGGCGGUUAAUGCUAGCUGUCUUUGGAGCUGUUCUAGGAUCUCUACAGUUUGGAUUCAACACCGGAGUAAUAAAUGCGCCGGAAGGAAAAAUUAAAGACUUUAUGAAUGUAACUCACAUUAAACGAACAGGAGAAGAAUUCUCAGAGGAUGCACUGAUCAAUCUUUACUCAUUGUUGGUAGCCAUCUUUGCUGUUGGGGGAAUGAUUGGAGGUUUAAUGGCGGGAUGGUGGGCCGAUUUCUUUGGAAGAAAAUUUGGUCUGAUAUUGAAUACUCUACCUGGUAUUGCUGCUGCUUGUCUGAUGUUCUUCAGUCGCCAUGCCACGUCAUAUGAAAUGGUUAUUGCGGGAAGAUUUCUGGUGGGAUUCAAUUGUGGAUUAUACACUGGCCUAACGCCGUUAUAUUUGUCAGAGAUCUCUACUCCUAACAUCAGAGGUGCACUCGGUACCUUACAUCAGUUUGGUGUUGUCAUCGGUAUACUACUGUCACAAGUUCUUGGAUUUCCAGAGGUGCUCGGUAAUGGACAAUACUGGCACGUCUUAUUAGGUAUGUGCAUAGUACCAUGUGCUCUUCAGUUAUUAGUUAUGCCGUUUUGUCCCGAAAGUCCAAGAUAUCUUCUGAUAACAAAGGAACAGGAAGACAAAGCUCUUAGCUCAUUACGUACAUUGAGAGGAACAUCCAUGGUGGAUGCAGAUAUAUCGGAAAUGAAACGUGAACAAUCGAACAGUCGAGCAGAGGCAAAGAUUGGCAUGUUGCAUUUAUUUAAGAAGAAAUCUCUGUGGAUGCCUCUUGUCAUCAGUAUCAUUAUGCAUUUGUCACAACAGUUGUCGGGUAUCAAUGCAAUAUUUUAUUAUUCAGCAACGCUUUUCAAAAGUGCAGGUGUUUCAGAAACUACAGCUGCGCAUGCGACCAGUGGCAUUGGAGCUAUCAUGGUCGUUAUGACGCUUAUAACAAUACCACUAAUGGACAUAAUAGGAAGAAGAACUUUGCACCUGACUGGACUGGCAGGAAUGUUCGUGUUUAGCAUUCUUAUAACACUAUCACUGGUGUUUCAGGACCAAGCCAAGUGGGUUAAAAUAGCGACUAUUGUUGUUUCCCUGUGUUUUGUGGUCUUCUUUGCUAUUGGGCCAGGUUCAAUCCCCUGGAUGAUUGUUGCAGAGUUAUUCUCACAAGGUCCUAGACCAGCAGCGAUGAGUAUCAGUGUGUUGAUCAACUGGAUAUUUAACUUUGUUGUGGGAUACCUUUAUCCAUUUCUUCAGAAAGCUAUUGGACAUUAUUCCUUUAUACCAUUCACUGGAUGUCUUGCACUUUCCUGGAUAUUUUUAUUUAAAUAUUUACCAGAAACGAAAAAUAAAACAAUAGAGGAAAUCUCAUCUCAAUGGGAGAGAAAACCAAAAGAGGGUUUCGUAGCAAAGGAGGACACGGGACUAGUACAUUUUAAGACGUCAUUAUAACUGUAUUGCUAGCAUUAAUGAACUUUGAAUGAUCAAAUAAACUGUAAAAUGUUUUAAGGAUGUUCACUACUCUGUUUCAAAAUAACAAGCCUUUUAAAGACGGUUAUAAAAUGUAUACAUAAAGGAACUAAAAUGCAGAAAAAAAUAAAGCGUCCGUGUUCUUGGUUUCGUGAUAUAAAAGCCAUUGGACUAGACUUUUCAUACGUUUAGAUUUGCACCCUUUUCCCUUCAAAAGUUAUGAAAUAAUAACAAGGAUUUUAAAACAUUUUGAAAUAUAGCUUUUUAAACUUUAUGUUAUACAAUUAUGAAAAGAAAGGUAGCGGUUAGUGGGGGAAAUGUUUAAAUAACCCUUCAUUGGUAAAACCAGAGCAUUCUGAAUAUCUGGCAAAAAUGUUAAAACAAGAGGAGCGAACAUCCUUUACCUAGGACACAGGAUUUGUCCACUUUAAGUCUAAUUCUACACAAUAUAAUUGCACGCAUUAUUAAUUUGAACGAUACACCUAGUUGAUAGUGUUCUACUACUCAAUCAACUUUACAUGAUUGAGCCUUGUACUAGACAGCAACAUGAUUUAGUGUGUUCCAUUUUAGGAAAAUUGAAAUUGCAAUAUUGAGUUUUUAUCAUUUAUUUAAAAUUUGCAAUAUGCAUUUUAUACAAUAUGUAUACUAACGUAUACAUUUUGUGAGUAUUGACCAAGAGAUUUGAUUUUAAAUAGAACAUUUCAUUUUUUUAAGGAGUAAUUUAUGGUGGUCAUGGAACAUGCAUCUAGUUAUUUCAUAGUGUAGCUAUAUAAAAUGUUUGGUAAUAUAAUUGAUACAUGUUUUUGUAACAUCUUGAUUUCUGAAUAUGACAAAACAAAAAACAAAAGAUAGAUAUUUAACAGAACAUUUUCCCUGGUACUUCUUUUUUUUUUUUAGGAAAACCGAAAACUAAAUAUUGAGGGUUAUAACAUAUUAAGUAUCGUCAUUUGUAUCUUAUUGACGACAUGUCAAUAUUGACCCAGAUAUUUUGUUUUGAAUAGAGUUUACUUUAGGACCAAGCAGUUUAGCCAUUAAAAUAAUUUUUGUUGCAUAAUUGAUAAUUUUUUUUUUAGUUUGAUCUAUUUUUUACGCUGUCUGUCUGUCUGAAUAUGAACAAAGAUUUUAAUCGUUGACAUAACACUAUAGACUUCUUUCCUUAAAAAGUAUACAAGUCAAAAUUGUAUAUAAAGGUAACACUCCGGACUCAAGAAAAAAUUAACUCAUAAGAGCGGUGACGUUUUGAUUGCUGUUUAAAAUGUAUAGCUUUUACAGCAUGAAAAGAAGGGGUGAACUGACACAGUUUGUUUGCCUAAAAGAAGUGACCUAUAUAACAUAUUUGACUUUUUGAUUUUAACAUUUGAUUAUGGAAUUUCCGCUUUGAAUUUUCCACAGAGUUUGGUAUUUUACUUUUUAUAUACCAUAAGGGAACGUAAAUGUCAAUGUCCUAGUCAAACAAAUCAGGCUGAUUUAAAUGAUUUGGUUUAAGAAACUGUACAUAAAGUAACGAUGGAAUUUGCCCAAACAUAUUCAACCGUAGACUACAUAUUGUGUGUAAAGUCACCAUUAUGCAUUGGUUGACCGAUUUGUUUGGUCUGUCUGCAACUCACUGCUGACAUGUGUUCAGUGUCUUAGAUCAUAAGAUACUAGGGAAGUCCCUAUUAAGACAUGUUUACUGAACUGGGAUUCCCAUGGCAGUUGGUACAUGAAAUAUAUAAAAUGACGUUUAUCUUGUCUCCGCUACCAGCCUCCGUUGGUGAUCUUUUCUAAUCAUACAGUUCCUUUACUAUUGUUGUAUUGCCUUGAUUUGCAUCUGCUUCCUGAUUAUUUCUAUUUUUUAUGAAAGAGUUGAACUUAGAAGUUGGCAAAGAUAAAAUUAACGGUGUUCCAUCAACUUUGCUAUGAAUGUUUUUGUUUAUCACUUAUUUAUAUUUAUUUAUGUUUAAUAUGUUCAACAACUUGAAUGUAAUGCUUUUAGUACUUGUCAUAUUUUAAAAGUGAAAGCAUUGUGUUUCAGAUCAUUGAAUUGAAAGUUAUUUACUAAUAAUAAUGUUGAUUACAUUUAUAACCUUAUUAUAACAUUUUGACAAGUUGUUAAAUAUAUUUUUUAAAAUGUCCUUUUUCUUGUUUCCUAUAUAUAUUCAACUGUG